AGCGGCAGAUACUGGUGGUUACGGCGUUGCGUCGAAGUCCACUUAGUUCUCUGGGAGCUUGGUGGCUGGGAAAUUGAACUGUUGCGGAAUUAAGUGGAAUUUGAAUGUUGGUGGAGCUCUUCAGCCCUCCUCCGCCUCUUCGUAGACGCAGACAGAGCCCCUCGUUCAGACGGCCAUUGACCGCGGUCGGCGCCCAGCCAGCGAAGCGGGAGCCAUGCCUGUCCCCGCUGGAUACCUCAGCGACUCCCCCGCCGCGGCCUUCGCGUCCUCGGCCUCACUUAUCCCGCCGCCGCCGAUAAACACACAGCAGCCCGGCGUUGUCACCUCGCUCCUGUACAGCGGCUCCAAGUUCAGAGGCCACCAGAAAAGCAAAGGGAACUCGUACGACGUGGAGGUAGUGUUGCAGCAUGUCACCAUGGAGGAUUCCUACUUGUGUGGCUACCUGAAGAUAAAAGGGCUGACAGAGGAAUAUCCAACUCUGACCACAUUCUUCGCUGGAGAGAUCAUUAGCAGGAAGCGGCCAUUUCUCACCCGAAAAUGGGACGCGGACGAGGACGUGGACCGUAAGCACUGGGGCAAGUUCCAGGCCUUCUACCAGUACGCCAAGACAUUCAACUCUGAUGAUUUCGACUACGAGGAUCUGAAGAACUCCGACUACAUAUUCAUGAGGUGGAAGGAGCAGUUCCUGGUUCCUGACCAUACAAUCAAAGACAUCAGCGGCGCUUCCUUUGCUGGAUUCUAUUACAUCUGUUUCCAGAAAUCCACAGCAACUAUUGAGGGCUACUACUACCACAGGAGCUCUGAAUGGUACCAGUCUUUAAACCUCACCCAUGUUCCCGAGCACAGCGCAGCCAUCUAUGAGUUCCGGUGACCCAGGCCGGCGUCGUGGAUCUUUCUUUUAUUGGACAAAGACUCGAGGCAAAGCAGAGGUCUGCCGAUGCUACUGAGAAGGAAAAAGGAGGCCGACCAGGGAUGAGAAUUUGGGCUCUGAAGAAGUACAAACUCUUACGUGUUCCUAACAAGUGGAUGGACAGCUGCUGAUGAGUACACGGGAUCUAGGACAAGUGAAUGUAUGUGAGGUGAAAAAAGAAAGAAGGGAAGUGCAGUUGUUGUGCUCCCUGGCUGGAGCUCGUAAAAGUCGGAACCAGCAGCAAAGACUGGGUGUGGCUCAAACGGUGUACCCCUUUCUUCAUUUGUUUUAAUGUCUGGUUUAAAAAAAAAACAAAACAAAACAAAAACAACAAAAAAAAAACGCUUGGCACAGUAUCUCGAGACACUUUAUAAGCAGAGACGGGAAUUUCCCUUCUUGUUUCGCGACUAGAAACGUUUCCAGCUUUCGUCCGACCGAUGCAGAAUGAGCAGCAUAAACACAUUCAGCCACCGCAGGACAAGGGCUCCUCUGAGGGGCCCGCUCUUAGAAACACAAUCGCUAAAGAUCUCCAAGCGCGCGCGGACGAAGAGCAACGGAGAGGGUUCACGAUCGGAGCUCUUCAGGUUUUAGGAUUAGAGCUUUAAUAAGCUAGAGAGACAGUAUUUUUAAGCUAAGCUGGUUCUUUGUUUGCCUGCCAAGAGGAUAUUUUGUUAUUUCACUCUAAAUAAUGGACACUGAGCGGCACUUUUAAAAGCUACAAUCUGAGUGACACACGAACCCCUGUCUUUAUAAAACUGCUUGGGAGAUUGUUUUUUUUUUUUGUUUUUUGUUUUUGUUUUUUUUUACAUAGAAUUGUUGUGGAUCUUUGUUUUGUUGAGUUACAUUUGCACAGAUACUGACUAUGUGUUACUAAAAUGCUUGCAGGAUUUUACACUCGCGUCCCAGUGCACAAGCUUGAAGGCGGCCGGUGGAGCUUUUUAAAGCUUGUACUGAGUGGCGGGUUCAGAGCCAAAACAAUCCCAUGAAAGUAUUCAGUAGAAAGUAUUUUUAUUUUUUACCCUGCACUCUGCAUUAAGCAAAGUUUUACUCCUCGCGUGUCAUUUUAAAAUGAGACCCCCCCUCCCCACCACCCUACAUUUACGUCUCCUCGACUAUGCAACACUUUCAAGAUAGCACUCUCCACGCAAAAGACCUCGAGUUUUCAGAGGCAAAAGUUUAUUCUAUCCUCAAAGUCUACGAAAAAGAUCUAUCUUCUUCAGAGGAACUAUUUUUGUUAAAUGGUCUAUAAUAAAAACACCCUCUCAUCCCUCCCAUUCGUCCCCCUCCUUCCAUGUGAUCGUGCCAUCUUUUUAAAGCUUAUCAGAGUUGUAUUGUAACAGAUCUAAAGUGUGUUUGUUUGAGGUUAAGCUUGGAUUUAAUUGAUGGUGUGACUGUAAAGAGUGGAUUAUGGAUUUAA